CCUCUCCCAAUACUGACUCUCCUCACUCUCUCCAGCGAUUGUGUUAGAAUCUAUCACCCCAAGUAUUCGAUGAAAUUCGGGAAGAGAUUGAAGCAACAAAUUCAGGAAACGUUGCCUGAUUGGCGCGAUAAAUUCCUGGCCUACAAGGAUUUGAAGAAGCUGGUGAAGUUGGUUUCGUCUUCUCCGGCGGUGGUGAAUGGAUCGGCGGUGAAAGCCGAGGCUGAGUUUGUGUACUUGUUGAAUAAUGAGAUCGAGAAGUUUAAUGCAUUUUUCAUGGAGCAGGAGGAGGAUUUCAUUAUCAGGAAUAAGGAAUUACAACAGAGGAUCCAGAGUGUGAUCGAUAAAUGGGGGCUCAAUGGCAACCACCCUUCAGACACAAACUAUAGAGAGGAAAUGGGAAAGAUCAGAAAAGAUAUAGUUGAUUUCCAUGGCGAAAUGGUACUCCUAGAGAACUACAGCAAUAUCAAUUACACAGGCUUGGCUAAGAUCUUGAAGAAGUAUGACAAAAGAACUGGUGGGCUGUUGCGCUUGCCCUUCAUUCAGAAGGUGUUACAGCAGCCUUUCUUUACAACAGACCUUGUCUCAAAGCUGGUCAAGGAAUGUGAAAGCACCAUAGAUGCAGUGUUCCCAGCUGUGAAAGAAGAAGGUGGUGUCCAUGAAAGAGAACAAGAAGCAAUAACAGUGGUUGGUGAAGGAAUUUUCAGGAACACAGUUGCAGCACUAUUGACGUUGCAGGAGAUAAGAAGAGGAAGCUCCACCUACAGUCACUUCUCUCUGCCUCCUCUCAUUUUGCCAGACCCUGAUCUCAUUCAAUCCAUUCAAUUCCACUCUCCCAUCCCCAUCGUCUGAUAGAAAGCAAAAAUAUCAAAAUCAUUAAAUCACCACUGGUUUUUUUAGCAUAGUAGCAGGCAUGCAUGCCUCAACACUUCCUAGGUUUUUUUUUUUUUUUUUUUUUGGUGGGGAUGGGGAGAGGUGGUUGUUACUGCUUGAAUAUUUGCUAAUUUUGCAUAUUAAUGUUUUGUGGGGUAGUAAAGCAAACUCAUGACAGGUCGAAUAGUUGGUAUUUUGUUAAAUCAAGUUGAUGAAUAUGGUUUUA